AUGCAGAUUGAAAUCAAUAAAGAAAGAGAACACUGGAGACAAGUGUUGAAGAGGAUAAUAGCUGUUGUGCAAAGAUUGGCAAAAAAUAACUUGGCAUUUCGAGGAGAUUGUGAGAAGCUUUAUGUGGAAAACAAUGGUUUUUUUUUACAAAUGAUUGCUGAGUUUGAUCUGAUUAUGAAAGAGCACAUUCGACGUAUUCAAGCACAUGAGACUCAUUAUACAUAUUUGGCCCCCAAAAUUCAAAAUGAAUUGAUACAAAUGUUGGCAAAUGAAGUAAAAAGUUCAAUUCUUAGAAAAGUUAAACAAGCAAAAUAUUUUUUGGUCAUAUUAGAUUGUACGCCAGAUGCUAGUCAUGAGGAGCAAAUGUCUCUUGUAAUACGAUGUGUGGAUUAUUCAGCAAACUUUGUAAUGGUAGAAGAAUAUUGGAUAGAAUUUUUGAAGGUUGAUAAUACAUCAGGGCUUGGACUUUUUACUGAGCUUAAAAACAUGUUGACCAAUCUUGAGCUGGACAUUGAUGAUAUAAUAGGUCAGAGGUAUGACAAUGGGUCUAAUAUGAAAGGGAAGCAUAAAGGUGUACAGACAAGAUUACUUGAAAUAAAUCCGAGGGCUUUUUAUACUCCAUGUGGUUGUCAUAGUCUUAAUUUGACUUUAUGUGAUAUGGCAAAUUGUUGUCCUAAAGCUAUGUCAUUUUUUGGAGUGAUACAACGCAUCUAUACAUUGUUUUCUUCAUCUACCAAGCGAUGGAAAAUUUUCAAAGAUCAUGUGAAAGGUUUUACACUUAAGCCAUUGUCACAAACACGUUGUGAAAGUCGUGUUGAAAGUGUUAGGCCUAUAAAAGAGCAAACUGUACAAAUAACAGAUGCUUUAUUUGACUUGGUAGAUACUAGUGAAGAUCCUAAAACAAAGAGCAAAGCUGAGUCCUUAGCAACAUAUGAACUUCAGAAUUUUGACUUUUUGCUUGGCAUGGUAAUUUGGUACAAGUUAUUGCAUUCAAUCAACACUGUAAGUAAAUUCCUUCAAGUUGAAAAUAUGGAUAUUGAUGUUGCUAUCAGUUUUUUAGAAGGACUUCUUUUGUUUCUUGAUGACUAUAUAGAAUCUGGAUUUGAUAAGGCCAUGGUUGAAGCGAAACAAAUAGCAAAUGAAAUGGGAGUUGAAGCUGUAUUUCGAGAAAAACUCAUGAUUUGA